AUGGCCUCCGAAGAUCCAGACGACCAACGCUCGUCUGCGUCAGGGAGUUUCGAUGCGAUAAGCCGCAGUGACGGACCCUUCGUAUUGCGCACACUGCUAGACGAAGUACCCUUGUCUGCAGAUGGCGCUGCGGACGGUGUCAAGAUAAACUGCGUAGAGUAUUUAGAUCACAAUCUUUACGUCGGCACGAGCGCAUCCGAGUUGCUUCACUUCGUCCAAAUCCCUCCCGACCCCGCCGAUCCGACCGGACGAUCUUUCAUAAUUGCUUCCAGACUGCGGCCAGCGUUUUCUGAGUCUAGCAGUUCUCGCCCCGGGGUACAGCAGAUUCUACUCCUGCCCAAGGUUGGAAAGGCUUGCAUUCUCUGCAACUGGACUGUUACGUUCUACUCGCUCCCCGAGUUGAGUCCUGUAUUCGGGACCACACAAGUAAAGAACUGCAAUUGGGUUGGCGGCGUGGACCUGAAUCAACCACAGGAUGAUGAUGGUGAUCCAGCGGCCGGAGUGUUCAUCCUCCUCUCGCUAAACCGGAGAAUCCAAGUGGUGAGGAUUGGAGAAGUAGCGAGAGCAGUCAAGAAUAUUGACGUUCCCGGGACCACGAUCUCAGUACGCAGAGACUCUAUUGCGUGUGUGGCAGACGCUAGAAGCUAUUCUCUGCUCGAUGUCGACAGACAGCUGCGUAUUCCCCUCAUGACGAUUUCGUCUUUGGACGACUCGCAACCUGCCGGAGAAAUCGGCCAAGCCCAGGAUAUCGCCGGCAGCACUGAUGGAGGCAUUCUGCGAAGCGCUUCCGCAGCUCAUAACCGCCCGUUACUGUCAGCUGGCGACCCCCAUGGACACGCUAGAAGCACGAGUCUGGGUGGACUCCUCAGCGGCCGUAGGGACCAGAGUCCUCGAGCAGCGGAUGAUCGUGUGCUUCAAGGAUCGUCACCGCCAACGCCGUCAAUUAGCCCCAGGCCCUCAGGCGAGGCUCAGGUGCCGCCUCCAUCGACGGACAAGCCGCUACCCGCUGCUCCAGGGCCUCAGACAUCCCCGACAAAGCCCACUCCCGUAUUUCUGAAGCCACACAUAGUUUCUCCAACGGGCGAGGAGUUCUUGCUUGUGACCGGCACCGGGCCACUUGACCCCGGCAUAGGCAUGUUCGUGAACCUCGAUGGUGAUCCUACACGGCCGACUGUUGAAUUCGACAGAUAUCCACGAGAGGUUGUCGUAGACGGCGGGUCAACCGACUUGUCUUCAUCAAAAAUGACACUUGGGACUGACGAAGAGGGCUAUGUGAUUGCAUCCAUGACAAAAGAUUUUGAAAGCGGACUGCGCCACGGCUUGGAAAUUCAGAGAUGGGACUCUGAUGGAACAGAUCCAGAGACAUCAAAAUGGUGGCUUGAAGCAGACUCCGUGAACAAAGACGAGACCUCUCCGUUGGGAAUCAGGUCGCUGAUGGGUACCGACGAGACACAUUUUGACGAAAUCAUCGACAGACUAUGCCAGAGAAAGUUCUCGCCGUUCUCUGGAACGUCUUCAUUGGAGCAAAUGACUAAGGAACGCGAGCUUUUUGAACGCGAUGUCGACUCUCAAGAGGAAGACGCCUUGCCCGAAGGGUGGGAGGACAGUCGGAACGCAGAAGAAAAGGAGUUUGCAAGAAGGCUAGCAAGCGCCAAUUCGAGGAUAGCAGUGUGGUCGGGCAACCACAUCUGGUGGGCUAUCCGCAAUCCCAUGCUGCUGCGGUUGGAGGCGCAAUUAGACGCUGCAUGCGAACAGGAGGGGACAUUCAACCCUGCUAAACUUGACCGACAUGCCAUCUUCACCGUCUUGAAUUCGUUCAGGGGCCAAGAUGCAAAGUCGGAACUAGAGUUUGUCACUUUCAGCUACUUGCGGCAAAGAGCUGGCGUCUUGCUGCUCACCAGCCUGCUUCAUGCUACAGAAUCGCCGUUUUCAGAUGCUGAGGUAAAGGCUUUGGAAGAGGUCUUAGUAGACAGCAGUCUGGAUCCUCGCGUCGUCUUAUCGCUAGUUCCUGGCGUGCGAAACGAGAUCGUAGAAAGCCGCAGAGGCAUCUGGAUCUUUGGCGGCGUCAAGACGACAACGGAAAAUUACCUCGAGAGCGAGCACUUCCCAAAAGCCAGCCACUCCAUUGGGGACCUUGACAUUAAGGUUAUGCAGUUCUUACGACGCUUCCUCUCUGCAUGGCGCAAGAAGAAGGGCUUUGGCAGCGUUGCGGACGAAAGCGAGGUAUUCCGAACAGUCGAUGCCGCCUUGCUGUUGAUUCUCCUCGAGCUCGACCAAAACUCGCCGAAAGGCCUCGCAAAGAAGAGUUCGUCAGUCAGAUCAGAGCUAUAUGACGUCGUCGAUAAGGGCGUUGACUGCUUCGACCGGGCAGCCGGACUCUUGGAGACUUACCACCGCCUAUUUGUGCUCAGCCGACUAUACCAGAGCCGCAAAUUGGCCGGCGACGUACUCGCGACGUGGCGUCGUAUUGUCGAGGGGGAACGUGACGAUGGUGGUGAGCUGCGUGACGGCGAGCAACGCGUCCGAGAGUACCUCACAAAAAUAAGCAGUCAGGCACUUGUUUUUGCCGAAGACAAAGGCAAAGCGCCCAAAUUCGAGCCGGCGGAUGUCGUGGAGAUACUUCGUGAAGAGGCCCCUGAUGCGGUCAAAUACUACCUCGAACAUCUCGUCUUCGGCAAGGGUCACACAGGAUACGUCAAUGACCUUAUCGCAUACUACUUGGACAUCGUCAUCAGCGACCUCGACUCCUCACAAGAAAGACGAGACGCGUUUGCUGACACGUACACGGCAUAUAGAGCGCUUCAAGCACCCAAGCCGACAUAUAGACAAUUCCUCACAGACAACGCACCAGAAGAGGAUGAAGUAUGGCACAGCCGCUUGAGGCUGUUGCAGCUUCUCGGUGGCGCCCAUCACUACGAUGCCGCCGCCAUCAGAGAUCGCAUAUCGACCCUGCCCGACGAACUACUGGUUCCGGAGAUCAUCAUUCUAGACGGGAGGGAGCGGCGGCACGAAGACGCCAUCCGCCUGCUCGUGCACAAGCUGGGGGAUUACGACACGGCCGUCUCAUACUGCUUGCGCGGGGGCUCUAGCAUUUACACGCGCCCCGAUGGUAGACGCGAGAGCACGCCGACACACGAGAUGCAGGCACGGCUCUUCCGGGCAGUCCUGGGCGAGUUCCUCGCCAUCGAGGAUGUCAGCGACCAGAUUGAGCAGACGGGUGCGCUUCUGGAGCGGUUCGGGGGCUGGUUUGAUGUCGAGGACGUCCUCGCGCUCAUACCGGACGAGUGGUCCGUCGACGUGGUGGCUGGUUUCCUCGUCACGGCGCUACGGCGGAUCACGCAGGAAAGACACGAGACGACGGUGACCAAGGCGCUCAGCUCGGCAGAGAACCUCCGGGUAAAUCACGACCUGAUUGUCAAGGUAGAUGAGAAGGGGCCUUCCAUCGAGGCGCCAAAUUAG